AUGGCCUCCCCACCUUCCUCACUCGUACCCCCAGUUGGCGCAUACAGCUCGCCAUGUUUGCCUCCAGAAUGGAUGUGGCAGUACUCCCCCGAGCUUGACGAAGUCUACUUUAUCCAUCCACCCACUGACCAGCGAGCAUGGGAGCACCCCCAAGGCAAGGAGGCUGAGACGGCAUUCUACCAGUGGCUGGGAGGCCAGCUGGGUGCAGGCGGGUUUGGGGGCACGCCGCCUCCGACUUCGCCACCGCUCAACCUCAAUGUCCCAGAUGGCGGCCCACUCAACCGCUCCAUAAGCGCACCCACAGCCAGUGGCGCAGCCGCCGAGUUCUACAGCUUGGGCCCCGUCGCCCACGAAUACCCCGACGCCUUCUCUACGUCAGUGGUUCCUCCCAUGUUGCCAGAUGGGCCAAUGGACCGUGGCCUCUUUACACACGGGUUUGGCAAGCCCGUCAAGAGCUCGGCCGGGUGGAGCUUCAAGCUCAAGGACUUCUUCGUCGGUGACUUCCAGUACCGGCCCCCUCCCCCGCGCCCACAGCCUCUCAAGCCCAGCCACCUCGCCCUUAUGGGCCCAGCACCGGGCAGCUCUGCCACUCACGCACCGACGUACGGCACGUUCAAGCCGCCGUCGAUCAAGUACGGCCGGCCAAACAGCUACUCGGAACAGUACCCUGGUCCGGACCCGCUCGUCACUCCAUUCCCGCUACCAGAGGCACCGAAACCGCCCUCUGUGCCAUCUCACCUGCCGCCUUCGUACCAGCAGUCAUUGGGAUUCCAGUCACAAUCGCAGAACCCAUACGGUGCAACACCGUUUCCGCAGCCAGCAACGACCUCGCCUUAUCAACAGCCAGGCCAAUUCGGUGCGACCCCGCCUCAACCACAAACGUCACCGUACAACCAGCACCAGCAGCUCCCAGGCGGCAACCCUUAUCCUCCCCGCCCGACCAGCGCAUACCCUCCCAGACCGUCGGGCAACCCGUACCCUCUAAUGACUCAGCCAAACUACGGCCCGAGUCCGACGAUGAACGCGCUCUCACAGGCGCCCUCUGGUGGUUCUGGCUACGUCCCAAGUUACAACAACUACGCACCCCGGCCUCCAAAUGUGGGCGGCUAUGUGCCAGGCAAGAUCAACGCUGGCGCGUUCAAGCCCCGACCGCGCGGGAUGGACGACGACGAGGACUGGACCGAGCAGCCUGUCGAGUGGUCCCAGCCAGUUUACGGUGGUCCUGAUCCCUCACCGCCGCUACCGCCGCAUGGGCAAUGGUCGACGCAGGGCCAGUGGCAGUGA